AUGAUAGACCGAAAAUCUCCACGGCAACAUCACACUAAUUUACUCCACGUCUCAAACGCAACAAUGAGCGCGUCGAGGAGCUCAGCUGGUAAAAAAGAGACAAGCUCCCACAACCAGGACGAAACUCGUCCUAUUCCGAAGUCAAUUUCAACCGUUCACCAACAACCACCAGUCGUUAACUUUUUGCGGAACUUUCUUCACCAAAGCGGCAUGACAACGACGCUCGACUGUUUUGAAACUGAGUGGACUGAUGUGGCGCAGAAAGGUCCGGCGGAUGCGAGUGGGGUCGGUGCGGUACCGGAAGUGUACACAGAAAACCUGCGCUUGGAGAGCAAUCUGAAGCACGCUCGAGAGGAGAACGAGGAAUACAGACAGGCGGCCUGCGCCAUAGCGGAGACCCUGCUGCGGGUCCAGAAGGAACGAGACCACCACCGGAUGCAGCAUCUGCGUGUCCUCCAGGAGAAACACAGACUCAUACAGGAGAUGAAGAGACUAAAACUGCGACGGGACAGCUAUGAAACUACAUUAAAGAGGAUGACUGAGAAACACCUGGCAGUUCUACAGAAAAACUUGGCGGCUGUAGAGGAGGAAGCAGAUGUGACCCUGCAGGACCACCAAAUCACCUAAAAGCUCCUUCAAACACAUUUUAAUCUUUUUGUGACAGAUAUAAAAACCUGUAGAAUUUAAUUGAAUUUGAAAUAUUUCCCUCUACAAUUUAAAGUGACACAUGUGUAUUUUGUUGAUAUUUGCACAAGCCUGGUGUAAUUUAGAUUUUUAAAUCCGAGUCAUGCAUGAUGAUCCAUCUAUCCAUGUAAACACAAUAAAGUAAAGAAUGUAAAGAAUGUGAUAGCAAAACAGUUCCUAAAGUAUGCUCCCAAGCCAGUGUUGUGUCAAAGUUCUUGGCAGAACACUGGCUUUCCUUAAACAUCAUCUUUUAUUUUUCUAUUUGUCUCUCUUUCAUCUUUUGCUGAGGAAAUGUUGCAUUUUAUAACCGCUAGAGGGCAGUAUGUAUCAAGCUGUGUGCUGUUACAGAGAUCGAACGUUAACCACAGGGAAAUAUCAACUAGAGAUUAUGGCAAAACUUGUCUCAUUUUUUAAAUUUAUUUGUUGUCAUUUACCAGAAAAAUUGCACUAAACAACAAAUAAUACACAGUAAAAUCAAAUCAAGGGUUUCCUUCUGUAACAACAGAUCCAGGUUUUGCACACUUCUGGUGUCUUCCUCAGAAGCAUUACUCUAAUGUCGAUGUGACGUGCCUAUCAGCUGUUUUAUGCAGACACUGGAUGACGGUUACACCCUCUGCUGCAUCAAGUCACAAGGCAAUUUGCUGGGUUCCUUAUAAUGGAAACUUUUUUUCUGAUUGGCUUAAUGAACUGACCUGCAUUGCAAUGUUCAUCAUGAGAAGUACCUUGAGAAGACUCUUGUCGUGAUUUGGCGCUAUAUAAAUAAACUUGAAUUGAACUUGAGUUGUUGGCUUCCUAAGGACUGCAUCCCGUGUGUGGGUCAAAGUGUUGAUUCCCUCAUCUCUGUUCAUGGUCCUUGGGUGCUGCCUGUUUCUCUCUUGCAAGUUAUUUUGAUUUCCAGGGGGUUUUCAUAUUUGACUCCACUGUUUUGCUCCGUAAUAAUUUUUCAUCCUUGGGGUGUACCUGUAUUUCUCUGAGUGUUCUGUAUGGUUUGACCCCCGGUCAAUUGGGGCAGUUGUGCUGCUCAUACUGACCCAUGUUCUGAUUGAGUUUUCCUCUCCACUGUCGCUACAUGCUUGCUUAUAUGGAGAUUGCUGUAAAGUCUGACACAACAAGUCAGUGACUCGAUGCAAUCUGCUGGGUUUCCUUGGCAAACAUUUAACUAACUGGAAAAAAGAACUAAACUCAAUUCACUCAUAAGUAGGUUCAAUGGGAAUGUUUACUUUGCCUUGAGAUGACUCUUGUUUUGAUUUGGCGCUAUAUAAAUACACUCAUUUAAAUUUAA